CUUAGGAGGCUAGUUUAAAUUGUUUAAUUUUAAAAUAGCCCAGGGUAGAUAAUUACUAUGAAUAAAAACGUAUUGGCAAAAACGGGUUCUAAGCCCGGGGAUAAGAAGAAAAAAGAGGCCCCGAAAAAGUUACCACCGGAAUUCGCUAUUACGCCGAGUACUUCACACACCCAAUACUUUAGAAAGGAUAGAUAUGUAGAUGAAUUCAAUAGAAUAACGACAGAAGAGUAUUUGGGUUAUACAGAGUCUGUAUCAGGGUCAUCAGACACGUUUCAAUGUGUUCACAAGCAAGGUAAAAAAUAUACUGCCAAAGGGCAGCUGAGGAGAAACUUACAGAAAGAAUUGGACCCUGCUCCAGCGGAUCCCAAAUGGAUCAAAGAGUGCCCACCAGCUUUCGAGUGGGAGAUGGCCGAAACCCUGGUGUUCCUUGUCAAUGACCCGGUGGUGCACAAGUCGUAUGACCGACUUUUAGCCCACAUAGCCGACUUCUCCAGAACAGCUGCCAAGGGAUACAAAUUACACAUUUUGGACAGCUUAUGCACAGUAGUGGAUUUUUUGGUCGAAAUGCAAGUGAAGAAGCCUAAGCUUCGGCCGGCGUUGAUAUCCCUGCUAAAGAAUAUGGAUAAACCGAUUUUGUUGAAUGCUGCAUCCGAUGUCAUCACGUAUUUUGAAAGGCUUCGGGACUAUAUAGGGUUCCUAGGCUACCUCCUGAUGCGGGUGGAGGACGAUGAACUGUUCGAGCUGGUCUCUAAAGGCAUUCUGUACCAACUGUCGGCGCCGGAUUCAGCGCGCGGCCCCGGCACGGUUCACGUCCGGCAUUCUCUGGCGGCUGGGGCUCCUGUGCUGGUCGAGACAUCAGUGAGGAUGCUCGCUGUCGCCUGGUCGUCCCGGUUCCCGACUUUCCUCGAGAUCGCGCUGCUGAUCGCCUUGAACGAUGCUGAUAUAUGUUUUGAAAUGAUUAAAGAAAACAUAUUGGAGAAUAUCUUCUGCCGCUUUAACCCAUACUUCCCAAAGCGAAAUCUCCCUUGUUACGACGUCAGCCCCGAUAACCCUCAGGAUAUCAAUGUAAUGUUAGGUGACAGUACUCUCAACAUGACAACCACUUUGUCAUUACUGCUGUUGCUGGCCAAGACUGUUAAAAAAUUGAUCGAAGAUAACCCAAAGUACCGGAUCCUCUUGCCGUGUCCCGAUUCUUAUAGCCAAAGGUGCUUCAUCUGGGCGUACAGAUACGAGUGCCGAGCAAGGGAGCACAACCACCAAAGGAUUACCUUGACCAUCAUCGUAACGGUCCUCUUGAAAUGCUUUGGGGAACGCCUGUCGCAGUUUUCCACGUUAUUCAUGCCUGAUAUAAUGUCGCUGUCAGUGUUGACGGAGCUGCCACUGCGUGACGACUGGACACGGGUGGUGAUCUUCAACACGCGCGGACAGCUGCAGCAGGCUGAUGUCCACUUCAAGAAACUGCUCAUCGAACUCUCCGUGGAGUGCAUUAAGACCUUCCCUUACAAUAAAUAUAUGGUUGAAGCACGACAUUGGUUCGUCGGGCUGAUGUACCUGCUGGACCCAGGGCUCUGCUACCUGCGAGCCAAGUGGUCUCAGGCCCUCUUUGCCGAAAUCCGCAUGAUCGCAUUACAGGCUCUCGUGUGCACGCUAACCUUAGCACCUCAUAAUCUGGCAAGAGAUCAUGGCUUGUAUCGAAGGAUCAUGUGGUACAUCGAGUGGUACUCGGAGAGUCCGUACGAGCUGUCCGUGCUGUACUGGUGCAUGCGGCUGUUGCAGGUCGCCACCUACACCAGGGACACGCCGGAGCGCGAGCGCUCCAUCUUUGACCUCUUCGACACUCACGGCGUCAUCAUUCUGAUACACCUGUGCUACACGCUGCUAGCACAGAAGACUCCACCGGUAGAAAAGUGCCAAGCCAUCAUAGCCCUUAGUCUCAAGAUGCUUGCCAGCGCAGUCGUGUACCACCAGAAGGUGACCUGCUGCGUGUACCCUCACAUCAAGUGGCCAGCUUCCGUCCACACAAUAGCUACUAAGAUGUUGGACGUAGCUAUUUAUUCCCUCGAGAGACACUACAUAAUUUGUGAUAGAUGGUUAAUUUCUUUGGUGAACUUUGUAUGGGAGGGCAUCAUAUGGAACACCGAAUACAGACAGAAGUUUUUGGCCAACAACGGGAUGUAUACGCUUUUGGAUCUCAUCACCAUGGUGAACGCGCCAGUGCAGUGCAUAACUUUGGCAUUGGUGUGCGACGUGGCGCGCGCAGGUGACGCUAUUGGGCAGAUGAUCACCUGGAGGGCCAACCUGGGGGCUUCUGAUGCUCACCCCUGCCUGGUGAAGCGUGGGGCCACCAUAGCCACCCUUCUAGCGGCCAUAUUCCGUGACGAAUGCCGAGAAACCGGAGUGCCACUCAGUGAAAAUGGAAUUAUACAAGAUCUUGAAAACCCCAUCAUGUCAUCUGAUAUGAAAUCUGCCAUAAAGAAUCACUCCAUUGCUGGUUGUAUGGUGGCUGGGGAUAUAGCUGGGUCCAGGAUGUCCAAGGCAUUUGCAAUAUUACAUUUGCUAUCAGAAGAUUUGGAGAGCAAGGUUAUGUUGGCUGAUGAAGCUUACAAAUUAUAUAAAAACGUUCAUUUAGCACCUGAAGACGAGGCUGUGCUCAUACUGUGCUCGCAUUACCUCACAUUGAAGUUGAACGAGGUUUGGAUAGAGAACAGCCAGAGUGUGGAACCCGUGGCGGUGGACAACGAAAUACUCCGCGAAUUCCUACUUAUCGUCCAAGGUUGGGCGUCAAAAGUGAAGCGUCAGCAAGAAGACGUCAUUGAAAAAGACAGAAAGAAGGAACAUGAAGAGGAAUUUUCGCUGUAUGCGUUCUUAGCGCGUGUCCGCCUGAACAUAGCUCUGGAUGCUCUGCGCGAAGUGCGGUGCGUAGCGAGGUCAGCUGACAGGCAGUGCAUUGCGCACACGCUGCUCUUCGAGGCGGUCAAUGCGCAUCAUCGCCGCUCUUUGUCUACCAAAGCUAUGAAAAACCAAAUACUGAAGACUUUCUGGCCGAAGCUGGAUGAUUCGAAUAUGACUGGACAGUACGUUAAAGUCUUCAGCAUCCAACGUAAAGACAAAAUUAAGCCUAGGGAAGACUAUCCUCCGUCAUGAUUGUUCCUUACCAAGAUAAUGUUCUGAUUAGAAGUGUAUUUUUAAAAAUAUAACUUAAGUUUGGGUAACUAAA